UCGAAAUUCAUCAUCAUUCAGUUUAACGUUUUCAUUCAUUCAUUCAUCCAUUCGAUAACUUACCUGUUCAUUUUGAAAACUGUGGAUAUUCACCUGUGUGUAUGAUGUUUGUCAUGGUGAUGGUGGCGGUCGUCAUCGUUAAAAUAAAAAAAAAAUUGUACCACUACAAUUUUUUUUGAACAUCAUAGGGGCAAAUUUUUUCAGGCAUUGUGUGUUUAUUGUGGAAAAUUGUAGAUUUUGUUUUGUUGUUUAAGAGGCUGCACACAAAUACAACAUACAAGUGGAUAGUAACAGGCUGCCAACAACAACAACAACAACAACAGAAAAAACCGAAAAACCGAUCACGGCAGCUACGACAACGAAGAAAAAAUUCCACAGACACACAUGUGGCGGCUGUCGUCGUGUUGUCGGGUCAAUAUAUAUUUGUGUUUUAAUAUCCACCAUUAUCAUCAUAAUAUCAAAAAUGAAGCCAGAAUAUCUAACCAACCAAAAACAGAGCAACAGUAUUUUCGGCUACUGAAAUGUCCACAACAAAAUCAACAACAACGAAAUUGAUCAAAUAUAAAAAUCUAUCGACAUCAACAAUGGCAACAAUAAAUGGUUCAUUGACCAAUGGUCAUCAUAAUCAUCAUGAUAAUAUUAUUGUUGAUGAUGAUUGUAAUGAUAAUGUUGUUGAUUUGGGUGAACACAAUAAUCGCCUAUCGGAAUGUAUUGGCAAUAUAAAUGGAAUCGAUGAACCAGAUCAUUCGAUCAAUUCGACAAUGAUAAUGAUGAUGCAAUCGACAACAUCCAUGCUCGAUGAUGAUGAUGAUAAUAAUGAUGAUGAUGAUCAAGAAGAAUCAUGUCUUCUUUGUAAUUCUCGAUUCGAUUUAUCUAGACAUAAGCGUCUUGUUUGUAAACAAUGUUCAUUGAAUGUUUGUUUCAAAUGUUCAUUAUAUGAUUUCGAUGCAUGGAUCUGCAUCAUUUGUCAUCAACAACGGACAAUAUCAAACAAUUUCCAAUGUCAAUCAUGGCUUUGUAAACGUAUCGUUAAACAACAAUCUGAACGCGAAUUGUUACAUUUUAUGAAUGCAAAAUUAAGAUAUGAUUCAAAUCGACAAUUGAUCAAUAAGAAAAAUGGUCAUAAUAAUAAUAAUAAUCAUAAUGAUGAUUGUGAUGUUGAACAAAUUGUCAAGAAUGAAAUUACGAAUAACAACAACAACAACAAUAAUAAUAACAGCAAUGGUAACAAAAAUGAUUCAUUAUCAUCAUCGAAUGGAAUCGAUAAUAUAAUGGUGGAAACGAAUGGCGAAUCAUUGGAUGUCGAUAAUCAAAUGAGAAGCAACAAAAAUAUUGAUCAUGCACACAUGAACAAUCGUUAUGAAAAUCUUUUAGCCAUACGUUCGGAUAUGGAAUUAAAUUUGGCCAAAUUAUUAGGCUUUGAUUCGAUUGAUUAUUCACAUAUUGGAUAUAUUUUUGAUGAUGAUCAAUAUAAUCAAUUGAUCAAAACCUUUACACCAUUGUUGGCCAAUUUGUUUACAAUAUUACAACAAUCAAUAUAUGAUUGUGAUUGUGGCCGUGAACCAGAAACAACACCCACUCAAGCUUAUAAUCAAUUAAAAGAAGCUUUACAAAAGAUUAGUGAAAAAUCAUUCGGAUUUACUAAACAAUUGCAUCUACCAUCACAGCCAUUAACAUUGACAGAAGUGGAAGAUUUCAUUAAUAAUUGUCAAUCAUAUGAACACCUGUUGGCACAAUCUAUUGUUAAUCAGAUCAUUGAAGAUGGACAAAGUCGUUUUUUGACUACAGCAUCGACAUCAUCAUUUAAUAGUUUCAAGAGUAGUGCAUCAUUCAUUGAUCAUUAUAGUCAUCAUAAUAGCCAUAUAAAUUUAAAUCGUAUCCGUACGGUUAGUAGCGGUUGCGGUGGUAGUAACUGUGGUGAUGGCCAUUGUUCAGCCAUGAGUGGUGCCAAUAAUAAAAUGGAUAAUGAUCAUUCAAUAUCUUCAUUUGAUGAUCAACAUAGCUACUGUGAUCGACAAUUAACAAAUGAUGAUAUUGAUGAAGCCAUGCAUAAUAAUAAUGAUGAAGAAUUGAAUGAUCAUAAUAAUUAUGGUGAUGGUGAUGAUGAUGAUGAUUAUGACGAUAAUAUUGAAAAUGAUUUCGGUCUUGAAUUAAAUUUCGAACAAUCAAAGGUUUAUUUUCCAGAAGCCGGUCUCGAUUUAAUUGAUUCGAAAAAAUAUUCAUCAACUGAAUCGAAUCUUUCACAAGAUUCUGGUAUCAAGUUGAUUGAUAAUUCACAUUCGUGGCAAGAUAAUUGGUUUUUCAAGAAAAACAAAGAAAAUAAAUCUUAUAAUCAAUAUCAUCUGAAUUCAGAUAUUCAUUUUGGAUAUAUGGCAUUAGCUUUAGCAGAAUCCGUACCAAUGUUGAUACCAAAUCCUAGUCAAGCAAUGAAUCCUAUGUUGGGUGACAUGGAAGCUGAUCAAGUUUCCGAUUUAUCUGAACAUUUAUCCGAAACUGGUUCAAUAGUAUUUUCUUCAGAUGAAGAAGGAGAUGGUCCAAAUGUAGAUACUAUUGAUAGAAUGAAGAAUGUUGAAAAGAAUAACUCUUUGAUUAGUACGAUAUCUCCGAUGGAUAUCGAUGUUAGUAAUACCAUAGCCAAAUCACAUAAGGUAUAUAUUGAAAAUCGUAGAGGAGAAUCGUUUCCAACGGUAACGAAAACAGCAUCGUCAAUCGAUUGUUCAACAUUACAAAAUCGAAAAAAUAAAGCCAUCAUUCAAAGUCUAAGAUGGACUAAAAUCAAAGUGCCAGAUUUUGUGCCAAGUGAAUUACGAACAAUAUGUAAUUCAAUACCAAAUCCACGGCUAGAAAAUUUGGAUUAUAUUCCUACUUUUACGAUGAAACCUGGAAAUGCUUCCAUACACAGUGGAAUUGUGGCACAAUUCUGCUGUAAAGCCCAAGGACUGUUGCCAUUAUAUUUCGCUUGGUAUAAGGAUGGCCAUUUGAUUGCUGCAUCGGCCGAUGAAUCGACUCGACGACCCGAAGAGAUUGAAAAUAGACGAUUAGCUCGAACAUAUUUUGGUGUACGAUUUAUACAUCGCCGAUAUGUCGAAAGUAAUUGUUCCGCAUACCGUUUAAUCGUGUUUAAUGAUAAUGAAUGUAUAUUGGAGCUUAAAAAAUCUAAUCCGAUGCAUGCCGGUAUCUAUUCGGUGGUCGCUUAUAAUCAUGUUGGUCAUGAUUGGUGUGAUUUUAAAGUGACCGUUGAUAGGCAACAUUUUUCUGCUGUUCCUAACCCGUUUAAUCAGCAAUUAUCAUCUAUCGUAAAUAAUAAUCAUCCAAUGUCACCUCGACCUGUAUUAAGGCGGCCACAACAUAAAUCUCGUAAGACAAACAUGAAUGAAGUUUCUCAACUGGUUACUAGGAUAGAAAGUCCCAUGACCACUUUCCUUAAUCAAGCUAAAUUAAGAAAUGAUAUUAGCCAUCGCAAAGUCAAUCAAUCGAGCUCAUCUUUGCCAUCAUCACCUCACGUGAUACAGCAAACAUGGGAAGAAAGAGAGGCAUUAAAUUCAAACGAUCAUAAAUUAUUAUUGAAGAUUAUUCAACAUCAACAAAUGACAUUGCCAACAAGUUCAAAUGUACAAUUUGUUCGUAUCGAUGAUCAUGAUAACACUCUCAAUGUUAAUAAUGGUGGCGGGAAUCUUUCUAAAGUUUCAACCGAUUUAAAUAGUACAAAAUCACCUCAACAAAUCAUAUCGACAGACAUUGUCCAUUCUAAAACAUAUGGAGAUGAUGGACAAAUGUUAGAAGAAUAUGAUGAAACAAUACAAUUAUUACAAAGGGAAAGUCCGAAAAAUUCCAAUGAUCAACUAUCAUCGGAAAAUGUUUCCAUCUCGUCAAAUUCAUUAAAUGAUUCAAUUAAUAUACCUGUGAUGCCAAUAGCUGAACGUGAACAUCGUAAAUGGAAUAAUCCCGAUGUAAAUCUAUUGAAUAAUCCAUAUUCGCCUGAAAAUAUUGAGAAACGUUCAAGACAGAAAAUGAUGUCAUUUUCUCCCGAGCUUUUAUAUUCACCGGAUGCCACAUUGAAUGAUGAUCGAUUGGAUGGAAUGGUGGUGAAACCUAUUGUUGAUGAAGAAGAGUUUGUGCCGGAAGAAAAACGAAAAUUUUUCCAUAGUGCCAGAGAUUUAGAUCGUUAUAAACGUAAUUAUUAUCUACCAAAAAAUAAAAAAUUACCAGAAGAAAAAUAUUCAUUUUCAAUUUUAUCGUCAUUGGGAGGGAGACCUUCUUCGGCGAGAUCAUCUUCGGCUACAUCGAUGAACAAAAAUGAAGGCCACAAUGAAGUCAAUGGACUGUCGUCGACAAACAAUAAAAUCAACGGUGAAAAAAUGGCUGUUAGUCAAAUCAAUGUUGAAAUUGUUGAUAAUAAUUGUAAAAGUACAUCAACAGAACAAUUGGAAUGUAGUGAAAUUUCCAUCAAGAUUAACAACGAUAAUCGUGAUUCGAUGGCAACAACAAGGAUUAAUUCACCAUCCAAUAAUGUUGAAAUUGUUGAUGGUGAUAACAAUACCUCAGCAAUAAAAACAACUAUGAAAUCAAAUGAUUCUAAUCAUCAAACAAUUGUAAAUGACCAGAAUAACAUUAAAUCUAAUCGAAUUGUUGGAGAAAAAACAAGUCCACCUAUAAGCAGGAAUAUGGUCAAAAGUUUGACCUCUCUGUUUUCGACAUCAACUCAGCAUUUACCAUCAUCAUCUUUAUCAUCGCCUUUACCAUCACAACAAAUAUCUAAAUCGAAUUCAUUAUCUCAAAUUCCACAGCAACAGCAGCAACAAAAACGAUUGUCUAAUCUUAAUGCUAAAAAUUAUGCUGUUUACAGUUUAACAGGUCGUUCAAUACCUAAAGAGAUUUGUGAACAAAAUCAAAAGAACUUACCACGGUUUACCGAACAAAAUCGUAUUGGCUUGGCUAAUGAAAUAUCAUCAUCAUCAUCAACAACAACUUCGAUGAAAAAUUCAAGUUCUCAAAUUCAAAUUAAACAAGAACCUAGUGCCACUACGACUUCUAUGACCACUUUAUUCGUUGAACAAAUGACUUUCGACGAAAAUAAUAGUCAACAAUCAAAUGAAGAAAGAAAUUCUUCACGUAAUAGCAAUUCUAGUUUGCGAUCACUAGAAUCUAACGAUUCAACAAUAUCAUCAAGUAUAAAUUCAUUGGAUAAUCAAAUGUGUAACGGGAAACAUAAUGGCAACAAAAAGAAUAAAGGAGCUAUUGGUGCUAUCAAACAAAGAGCUGUUUUCUGGGAAAAACGUAUCGAAGCAAGUCAAAUUUCGGACACUCAAGUACAGGAAAAAUUUCCAACAAUGGAUGGUACGGAACCGAAACCGAUCGUAUCAGAAUAAUUUUUUUCUCGCUAUUUUUACUGCACAAUUCACUUUGAAACAUUCAGAUUCUCUUAUUUAUUUUUCCAUUAUUUAUUUGCAUCAAAUUUAUCUUUUUUACUUUA